CGGCGAGUUUUUCCGAGUGCUUCAACAAGGGAGGUAGUUGACACCAGGAUCUGUAACACCACAGAGUGUUAUGCGGUGGUCAUCGCGGAGGAGUGUAGCUUCGUUUUAAGAGUUAUAUCAACAUGUUAAAAAGUUCGAGCAGGAAAACCGUGCUCUCCGUGGCAGGAGCCGCAGUCACCUGCGUGGCGCUGCUUGUGGUGCUCGCUCAGCAGCGCAGGAGCGCGCAUGGUGACGCGCACGGUGACGCGGAGGUGGGGAUGCGCUCCCUGCAGAGUGUGGCCGAGGUGGAGGUGAAUGGAGACGUGCAGAGGGACCAAGCAGCGCAGGACGGAGGAAAGAAGGGAUUUUCCGCCUAUUUUUCCAAGCUGACGCGGAGCAGAAGAGAGGCGGAGAAACCCACCGCCGCGGACCCGGGAGCUCCGUCCAGCACGCCCGCUGAAGAGCUGCGUCCGGACGACCUCUUCAUCGCCGUGAAGACCACUAAGAAGUUCCACCAGCCUCGGCUUGAUCUGCUGCUGGAAACUUGGAUUUCAAGAAACGUGCAACAGACGUACAUCUUCACAGAUGGUGAGGACGAGGAGCUGAAGAGGAAAAUGGGAAACCAUGUCAUCAACACCAACUGCUCUGCCGCCCACAGCCGCCAGGCUCUGUCCUGCAAGAUGGCCGUGGAGUACGACAAGUUUAUUGAAUCUGGCAAAAAGUGGUUCUGUCAUGUGGAUGACGACAACUAUGUGAACGUCAGGACGCUUGUCAAGCUGCUCUCUCAAUACCCUCACACUCAGGACUUGUACAUUGGCAAACCCAGCCUGGACAGGCCCAUUGAGGCUACAGAGAGACUCGGGGACAACAAGAUGAAACCCGUUAAUUUCUGGUUUGCCACCGGAGGAGCUGGGUUCUGCGUCAGCCGUGGUCUGGCUCUGAAAAUGAGCCCUUGGGCAAGCGGAGGCCAUUUCAUGAACACCGCCGAGAAGAUCCGUCUCCCUGACGACUGCACCAUCGGCUACAUCAUCGAGUCAGUUCUCGGGGUUCCGCUGACGCGCAGCAACCUGUUCCACUCACAUCUGGAGAACCUGCAACAGGUUUCCCGAUCUGAAGUACAAAAACAGAUUACACUGAGUUACGGUAUGUUUGAAAACAAGAGGAACAUCAUCAGCAUGAAAGGAGUUUUCACGGUUGAGGAGGACCCAUCCAGGUUUAAAUCUGUGCACUGUCUGCUCUAUCCGGAUACUCCGUGGUGUCCUCCUCAGGUUACCUAUUAAGGCAACCAGCUCCUCUCGUAUCCUCGUCCUAAAUGUGCCUCAGUAUCUGACAGGCACUAGGGACCAGUGUGGUAUUGGCUCAUGUAGCUGCUUUGUUUGACAUUGCAGUGCAACGCGGCCUCUCGUGUGUUUUUUUUUGUUUUUGUUUUUUUACCUAGGCUGCUGUGCGGCCUGCCUUUGGACAUUUCCUUCCUGCCCGGUGCGGCGUUGAGCUUCCUGUCUGUGUACCAUGCAGUGGGGCCCGGGGCCCAGAGCCCAUCAGGAAAAAAGGCUUUACAGGCAAUCAGCUGUGCUUGCGUCCUUCAUAUUGCUUGUAUCCAUUGCAAUUCUCAUAGAAUGUGUCUUUUGAUAUGUCCAUGCCUUUCUUUCUGCCAGCUUUACCUGCUUAGUACAUAUAAUAAUUUUUUUUUUUUUAUGCAAUUCAGGAUUUUUACUUCAGGUCUGAAGUGACUAGCCUGAAAGAGAUUUAUUUAUAUACAUAUAUGGGUGCUUUAUUAAUUUGUAAAGGACUCCGGAUGAUAUAAUUAGAUGAAGGGUAAUUCCGUUGUUAGCUUCGUUUUCAGUUUCAGUGUUAAACUAUUGUUAUUGACCUUUGUAUGAAACGACAACCUGAUGAUAAUUUAUUCUUUAAUACGUGCUGGCAAAAGGCAAUUUCCAUAUGUACCGUCAGAUUGUUUCUAUCUGCCGUGCAUUCGGAUGAAGCACUUUUCUCCCCUACUGAUCUGAAAAUGAUCAACGCGCCUCAAUGCUGCGUGACGUAACCCAAGCCCGAGUUUAACUUUAAAAAAAAUUUUUUUAGAUUCGUCUUCUAACUUAGUUACUUGCACCCAAACAAUCUGGGCAUAAUUUUUUGUUUUUUUUUAAUGAGAAUUUGUUCACUUUAGUCUGAGAUGUAUUUUAUAGGAAGGUUGCAGAGCUUGGUGGAAUGAACUGCUUGUUGCUCUUGUAAAAAUGCUUCAUGCAGAUGUUUCGGGGUGAGAAGACCAGACUUCAUUUUAUUCAAUUCCAACGUGCGUGUGAGCUCAAAUCAGAUCUACAGCAUGUUUGAUUCUCGAUCUUCUCAAUUGGAGUCUCUAAGCGUCUCUACUGAAAUCAUCAGAAAACUUUACAUGAGCAACAGCAGUGUGUUUUUUUUGUUUUUUACCCAUGUUGGGUAGACUGUAUGUUAUUUUAAAGCAGUAUAUAUUUACUGUGCCAUGUUCAAAUUGUACAUAGUCAUUAAGAUGGUAUUAUGCUUUCGCCUCUAAAUCAGACACGGUUCUGAUAACUGCUUGUUUUUUUUGUUUGUUUUUUUGGCUUAGAAUUGUGCUGUAAUUUAUCCUCCAGUAUCUGGAUUCUCCAAUUGUUCAAAUGCCUUUCUCUCAGGGAUUAACAUCCUGAUGGAGUUACUGUGGACUCCACUGUGGUAACUGUGCAUUAGCUUUCGAAAUAAAACGGCAUACCCGCUGAGAAACUACA